GACUCGCUGAAAAGAGUCUGGGUUACUGGGUUUGACAUCUUCGGUUGUUUUCGAGGAAAACCUUGUAGUUGUCACUCGGUCUUUGUUUGGGGCUGACACUUCCUGCAUUUAAAAAUCCAGUUUUGUGAAGUCUGUUUAAGGAAGAAAUGACAACAUUAUCCGCAGCAGAUAAUUGUUGAAACAACAGAGAGCAACAGACAAACAUCUCAUUCUUGAGUUCAGUGUACUUUGACUUCAAUCAAAGAUGGCAUCCCGUGGGCAGUCCGAGACGACAAAGUUGAAACAGAACAUGGAGGAGCAGUUAGACAGAUUGAUGGCCCAGCUGUCAGACCUGGAAGAGGCUAGGGAGGACAUGGAUGAUGAUGAAUAUGAGGAGACGAAGCAAGACACCAUAGAGCAGCUACAGGACUUCAAGGAGUCACUGACUAAGAUGAUGGCCGGUAACAUGACGUUAGUGGAUGAACUCAACGGAAUGCAGAUUGCAAUCCAAGCAGCGAUCAGCCAGGCCUUCAAGACACCAGAAGUCAUCAGGCUCUUUGCCAAGAAGCAGCCAGGCCAGCUCAGGCAAAGGCUAGCAGAGGUUGAAAGAGAUGGUAAAGUAGGGAAGCUGUCCCACGACAGCUACACACAACAGAAGGUGGAGAUCCUGACAGCGCUCAGAAAGCUGGGAGAAAAGUUGACGCCAGCCGAGUCCGAGUUUCUGGCCAGUAAUUCCAGCCAGGCGCUCAAUGAAUUUGAAAAGGUCACAGGAAACAUCGGCCCCAGUGAAAAGCUCCUUCAAGUAGCGAGCUCCCAGGUCCAGCAAGCCAGCAAGUGAUCUCAAUGCAACUCUAGAAUCUGGAUCAAGCAAGACCAACUUCUGCCAAGGUCUCUGGACUCAUGGCCCACCCGUUGGACCUUUCCCCCAAGCAACCUGCCAAAAAUUUGCCUUAUGCCACCUGACAUCUUGCAACAAAGUUGGCUCCUUUUGAAAGAGUGAAUUUUCACGCAGUCGUAAAAAAUAGCGAAUGGAACAUUGGCUUCAAUCUCAACUUGUUGGAAUUUUUUUUUAAUUAAUUUUUUUAACAUUUGUCCAUUGCCAUUUAUGUUUUUAUCAUCCGGGGGCAGCUAUUCAACAUUUACUGGGACGCUUUAAACCUCACUUCGGUAUUUCAUGCAAUGCACUCACGUCCAGUGAUGUGUACAUGUACAGAGCUUCACACAAUGCAUAUGUGAUGGACACUCCGGCACGGUGUGAUCCAGUGAUGGUGAACAAAAUCCAGAGAUGCCACUUUUCUGGUUUAAACUGGAAUUCCGGGGUUUUUUUUAAUCUCACAAGAUUCUGGUUUUCCAGCCGUAAACAAAAACUGGAAAAAGAAAAGAAAAACUGUGGAAAUGCGUUGAUUUUUACCUCGUUUUUAAUAGUGCUCUCGAUUACGCACGCAAGGCACAACGUGGUUCGUUAAUGUAGUCUUAAAUACAAGUCUUUGUUGUUGCCGAGCCUGCAUGCGAUACAGGCGGCCAACAUACGUUCUUGCACGCAGUAUACAACAGCGCCUGGCAUGCUGCAUGCACCACUUGCAGGCGUGUUGUGUGCUAAGCACAUGUAGCAUUCAGCCUGAAAAUCAAGACUAUCACUUCAGUUUUCGGUGGUUCCCGAUCGCAGUGAUAUAUGUGAAUACAAAAAACGCCGGGUACCAAGAGUAACACUCUCGAACGCACCCCGACAGUGUUGUGAAAUCGUGCAUGUUUCCGAUGUUUCGUGUUGAAUAUUGCGUUGGCAAUUUGGGAAGGCAGAAUAAAUAAUAGGAUUAUGGAAAAAUUCAAAGUGAUUGAACGAACCGACAGCUUAAGGCCAUAGAAGCAAAAAUAAAUGGAACUGGGUUUGGCUACAACAAGAGCAAGAUGACAACGGGGACUUUGUAUCGGAGUGGCUUUUUCACAAACAAUAAAGUUCCGGGGUUUUUUUUUUCAAGCAGACCCUGUGGCAUCUCUGAAAAUCGGCCUUGUAUUAAUCAUGAACAAAACUAUCAUGGUUAUUGCAACAUCGGAUUUAGUGUUAACACCCAGUAUGCACUGAAUUGUUAUAUUUGUUUUUAAAGAAAUCCAAUGACAUUUAUUAUACAAUGUUGUCACUCGACAUUCUUUUGUUAAGUUCGCUACCCAUAUAGUUGUGUUGUUCCAUUAUUGCAUAGAUGUACCAGAAACAAUUUUAGCUACGUGAGAUUUUUAUUUCAUAGUGUACAUUUCAUUCAAUGGUGUCUGCUUUUGCGUUCCAAAUUAUUUCUUUUAGAAAUUUGGCUUUCGUAUGUGCUCUCUACUAAGAAAAUAAUAAAACUUCUCUGUACUAUAAAAAUGCUAGGACUUGGACAAUUCUCCUGAUUUCCUAAUUUUAACUUCUCUUUCUUAUUCAAUGGAGGGAGUUGGUAGAACUUAGGUAUAUUGGUAGAUUGGUCAUAUUAUUUCGGCAGCUACUUCUUUCCCAGUCUUGAGCGUUAUUUGCUGGUGCUUUCUGUAGACAUUGAAUGGACAUUUUGUGCCAAUAUGUGUUGUGCUAUUUUGAUCUUUGUAUUUUGAAAGUUUAUCUGUAUAUAUGGCCGUCUCUUUUGUUUUCGUAUAUUUUGUUUAGAAUGAUGUUAUCAUGAUUACUCUACACCUUCUUGAGUUAGUCUAGGUUUCUGUUGAUUUAUAAACAUUUACUAAUUUAUAAAAUUUCAAUCAAUGUGAGGAUACAUUGUGAAAGGCCAAGAGAAGUAUCCCUUCUUUUGGUUGUAAUUUUUUAAUGUCUUUAAAUCCAUACCAAAUUUCUAAACUCUAAAUUAUUGAGUUUGAAGUUCACCUUUUAUGGUUACUGGUGACUUUAAUAAAUCAACAACAAAAAGGAAAAUGAG